UGCAUGUGUUUUUGGGGUUCUGGACCUUCUUUGAAUUGUUCCGGAUUGCUGUCAACUCUACUAAUUCACUCCUAGUCUACGAUUCUCAUUGCCUGCUUGCCUGUCUCCUGUUUGGGUCGCUCUUCACUACAUAAUGAACAUGCCUUUUCAACAGGUCUCCAUUUUCAGGACACAGAAGAGCGAUGAUUCCGUAAAAGGUCAGGACUGUCGGGAUGAUAUACUGAAACUACUGAGGAAUUGGCUUAUGUGUUUUGUGACUACUGUAACCUGUGCGCCGCAGUACAUCUUGUUGCCCAAGGGCUGUGAAUGUCGAGGGAUUGGGUUUUACCGCGCCUCCGGCCGUCGGCAACAAAGAUUCGCCGGCCGCCGUUCAGCGGCUUGGUUGUUCCCUACAAUGGCACAACUCAUCCCCUCUUCAAUUCCCUCUUCUCCUGCGAGUCCCUUCAGAUGCGCGGUUCUCGGCUGCGGUUUCGCCGGUCUCUCCGUGGCUUGGCACUUGCUGAAGAACAGCCCCAAAGAGCUGCGGCUUCGAGUUGAUUUGUUUGAUGAAGCGGGAAUCGGUGGAGGUGCUUCUGGAGUUUCUGGAGGUCUCCUUCACCCUUACUCUCCCAAAGGCAAGCUUCUUUGGCGGGGUGCUGAGUGUUGGAAAGAGACCUUGCGGCUUCUGAACGUUGCAGAGAUGGCAGCUCGUCAUUCCAAGGACUCGAAUGAAACUUCUGAUGGUCUCAUUGUGAGAAGGAGGGGGAUCUUGAGGCCGGCAGUGAACAUGAAGAAUUCGGAAAUAAUGACCGAUAAUGCUCAGAAUUGCCAUCCGAAUUGCAGAAUCGAGACAAUUGGUGAAGACUAUGCUCAAACACUUGUACCGAAUAUAUGUGCACCUCUGGACGUAGCCUUUUAUAUGCCUGCUGCUGUUAAUGUUUACCCUCGCCCCUAUCUUCAGGCACUGUUCUUAGCUUGCCAAAAUAUAAUGAAAGAAAAUGAUGUUGGACAGGAGUUGUAUUUGCACAAGAAGUUCAUUCAUAACCUCCUUGAUUUAGAAGGAGAAUAUGAUGCGGUCAUAAUAUGCCUUGGUGCAAAAGUAGAUAUGUUGCCUGAGCUAUCAGGGAGACUUCCUUUGAGGACAUGCAGAGGAGUAGUUGCCCACAUGCAAUUGCCCCUCGAUAUGGGGGAAGACUACCCAGAACAUGCACCAUCUAUAUUAUCGGAUGCGUGGCUUGCCAUCCAAGGAACUCGCAGUUUAUACAUGGGUUCAACAUGGGAAUGGAAAUCAACGAAUUCUUCCGCACACGUCUCAGCAGAUGAAGCUUCAAAGGCUCUUGAAGAGCUUCUGCCGAAAGCAUCCGUCUUUUAUCCAGGAAUCAAGAACUGGAGUUUCGGUGGAGCUAAGGCGGGUCUGAGGGCUAUGCCACCAUUAACUCCGCAUGGAUCACUUCCGCUUUUGGGUUGUGUGAACAGUCUUGUAGGUCAGAAUUGUAGGUCCAGAUACUGGUUGUUUGGGGGACUUGGUUCAAGAGGUUUACUGUACCAUGCUUGGCUCGGGAAAUUGAUGGCUCAAGCUGUGCUUUCUUGUGAUGAACAAAUAAUCCCCUCUGAGCUUAUCGCUUGGAAGAACAUCAAAAGAUGAUUCGAACUUGAUUAUAUGUAGUCAUUGAAGAUCACUGAGAUCAAAUUGAUCAUGUACAUAAUCUUUCAACAAACAGGCAAGUCAAGGGCUGAACAUUUCCGACUUGUAAACAAAACCAGCUGAACUAAAUCAAAAGUGCCUGAAAAC